AGCAAGUGGGUUACACAAAAUCACCAAGUUGUUCGGAUAGGAUGCUUUUCGUCGAUAAAACAAUUCCUACCAGGUGAGAAGUACAGCUCACAGCAAACGAAUGGAUUUGAAUUUUGCUCAAAGAAGGCUUGGUCGUCCUUCGCAGUCCUCCAAUCAAAGUAUCAAUGCCACAAAGGACCAGAUAAUAACGACAUCCAACAGGCAGAACACUCUUAUCUUUGUCAAAAUUGGACAGGAGGCGGACAAUCGGGAAGCUCGGACUUCUUCAUUGUCAUAGCACAUGGCAACUUUAGCACAUGGUCCCAUUGGUCUAAUUGCACUGAAUCUCGUGGAAUUGGGGAAAAAUACCGUUCGCGCAAUUGUACUAAUCCAGCUCCGCUCAAUGGUGGUAAAGACUGCAUUGGUCCAUUCCACGAGACCACAUCAUGUAAUAUUACCAAGCCCGCAGAAUGGUCAAACUGGGGACCGUGCAGCACGUUCUGUGGCCCAGGAGUUCAAAACAGAACACGUUCAUCAAAUUAUGCUAUAAGCAACAACACUUCUAACGACAUUGAAUUCAAACAGUGUAACAAUUCAAAGUGCUUCGUUCUUCGCAACUGGACGGCAUGUGCUAUAGUUAAUAAUAAGUGCGAGAAAGCGCGUGCGUCAAGAAAAACUGACUGUACUGAUCCCAUAAGUGGAAAGAAAUGCUACGGUUGYAUWAAAGAGAUCAAGUCGUGCAAUACGUCGACCAUGGUCAUUAGAUAUGGAAACUGGAGCUCAUGUAGUAAAACUUGUGGAGAGGGUCGAAAAAACAAGAAAAAGUACUGCACGUUUUAUUAUUCGUCGUUUGUCGAUGGUAGUAAUGUUAGUUCUUCUAAAACGUUUSAUAUAUCAAAAAGCUGUAAUAUUCGACGUUGUCCAGUUAAUGGUGGGUGGGGACCAUGGAGUAGUAGUCUAUGUUCACAACCCUGUGGCAAUGGAACCAAGACAAGGCAGCGUCAAUGUAACAGGCCAUCUCCUGCUCACGGUGGAAGGAACUGCGAGGGACCUGGUACCCAGAAAUUAGAGUGCAAACUAAGAGAGUGUCCUGUUAAUGGUAGUUACACAACUUGGGGAAACUGGUCAAGAUGUUCAGCCACCUGUGGAAAUGGAACUCAAGUGCGCACGCGAAAUUGUACUAACCCSCCUCCCCAACAUGGUGGAACAUGUAWCGGUGACGCAAGUCAAGUCAGAAUUUGUUUAAUGACAAUAUGUGCAAUCCCAAUCAAUGGAGGCUUUUCUUCUUGGGGCAACUGGUCUUUGUGUACCUUGACAUGCGGUAACGGAACACAACAGCGCACGCGCAAUUGCAGCAAUCCAACUCCAACCAAUGGUGGAAGAAAUUGUACUGGUCGUUAUACGGAAAGGCAAAACUGCAAUACGAUAYCAUGCCCACAAUUAGAUGGUAACUUCACAGCAUGGAGCAGCUGGUCUACCUGUACCCUGACAUGCGGUAAUGGAACUCAACAGCGCAAACGUACUUGCACGAAUCCAAAGCCAMAAAAUGGAGGAGUGAAUUGUACCGGUCUUUAUAGAGAAACCCAGAAYUGCAACACMCAAUCAUGCCCAACACACCGAGUAGACGGAGGGYUCACAUCWUGGUCUCAAUGGUCAACAUGUACAGUAACAUGUGGCAGCGGUAUUCAAAAGCGCAUGCGUACUUGUACUAAUCCAUGGCCAGCGAAUGGAGGAUCRAACUGCACUGGAAGAUUKACUGAGAUGCGGAGCUGUAACACACGACACUGUCCCAUUAAUGGAAACUGGACAGACUGGUCCGACUGGUCCUACUGUAAUAAACCGUGUGGUACUGGGGACGAGUUUAAAGUAAGAACAUGCACUAAUCCMCCAGCCCAGUACGGUGGGGAAGAUUGUGUUGGUCCAAGUAAUAAGUCAAGAAUAUGUAACCCAAAUCCAUGCCCAGCUGCGGAGGUGUCAGUUGUGGCAAGAUUUACCAAAGAARCAUGGAAUGAUGACCUAGAAAACCUACAAAGUCAAGCAAGUCGAGCGUUGAAAGAAAAGAUGUGGGCCAACAUCCGUGCUUUGUACAGAAACGAUCCUUCUGUCACUGGAAUAAYUGUACAUUCAUUCAGGGUCUAG